AUGGGUAUUUUAUUAUACUUUCUCCUUCUGAUCAGUACUACAAUCGGUGCAUUGUCAGCUGAAUGUAGUCCGUUUGCAGCUCCACCAAAUCUAUCUAACUGUACCAAACCAAAAUGGAGUCAACAAGGAAUAACAAUUGCUGGAGAUGGAACUGAAGGAAAUUCAACCACGAAGCUUGGUCAUCCAUUUUGCAUAUUUCUUGAUCAGAAUGAUGAUCUGCUUGUAUGUGACUUUGGAAAUCACCGAGUACAAAAAUUUCAAUCUGGUUCAAAUGUUGGUACAACUAUUUGCGGUGCAUUAAAUAAUACGGGAUUCUAUCCAGGUGAUGUGUUCGUCGACUCCGAUAGUAAUUUAUUUAUUGCUGAUUAUUAUAAUAAACGAGCACUUAAAUUGUUUCCUAACAGUAGUGAUAGUAAAAUUAUUGAUACUAAAAAUUCCUAUCCCGGUUCGAUCUAUCCUGAUAACCAAGGUAAUAUAUUUGUUUUACAAUUGGUUGAUGAAGGAUACGGUUCACCAUGGCAAUUGGUGAAAUAUUCGAUAGAAACAGGAGAAAAAACUCGGUUUGCAAUUGAAUUGACUAAUCCAAGUGGUCUGUACGUAGAUGAAUGUGGAACAGCUUAUACAGCUAAUGCAAGAGGAACAAAUGAUGGAACAAUUCAAAAGAUUAUAAAUGCCCGUGAUCCAAAAGGUAUUGUUUUAGUAGGUGGUUUGAAGGAACCUACAGAUGUGACAUUGGAUCGUUAUGGCAAUGUGUAUUUUGUUGAACGAGGUGAAAGUCGUAUUCGACGAAUAAAUGCACGUGAUGGUACAGUGGAAACUGUCGUGGAUAAACAAGGAGUACUUGUAUUUGGUACUCAGUACUGGAAUGAUCCACGAAAUGUGGCCUUUGAUUCAAAACAUAAUUUAUAUGUUGCUGAUUUUAAGAAUUUUCGCGUACAAAAAUUUUUAUUCGAAGGUGGAGAUCUUUUUUGUUAA